GUGUCAUCCUACGACGUUACUUUCGUAAAAUUUCGUAGGAUUUCGUAGACUUUUCAUAGACAUGGACAGGCAUGGAGAUCUAAAACUCCAUGGUCAUAGAAUUUUGUAAAGAUGUCGGAGCAAAUGUAGUGAAUGUGGAUCCACCUUUACAUACAGUGCCGGUUUCCUCAUCGUUUAGAACCUCAUCAAAACACGCAACACACGCAAACCACAUCAGACGCAUCAGACCAACGCAAACCAAAGAAAAGAAUACAUAGUCCAGAAUAGUCUAUUGAUUAUUCAACCGUAUAAAAAAUAAAAUGGAACAAAACAAUCCAACAAAUUAUCCACCACGUUGUAUUAAUACAACUGGAGUUACUGAUCAAUCAUCUGUGGCUGGCAGUAGUACAAUGAUGUCAGGUUCUUCGAGUAAUCCAAGAGCUGUAACAGAUGAUCAAAAAGAACUCAUACACAAACUUGUAUAUUAUCAAACUCUUUAUGAACAUCCAAGUAACGAAGAUCUUGCAAGAAUUACGGAUUAUCAGCCAUCAGAAGGUGAUGAUCCAAGUGAUGCUGAAUUUAGACAUAUCAUAGAAAUGACAAGAUUAACAGUACAAUUAGUUGUUGAAUUUGCAAAAAAUUUAGAGGGUUUUGAUAAAUUAUUACGUGAAGAUCAAAUUACAUUACUUAAAGCAUGUUCAAGUGAAGUAAUGAUGCUAAGAAUGGCAAGAAAAUAUGAUGUACAAACAGAUAGUAUUGUAUUUGCAAAUAAUCAACCUUAUACAAAAGAAAGUUAUAAUUUUGCUGGUUUAGGUGAUGACAUUGAGAGCUUACUUCGUUUUUGUAGAUAUAUGGAUAGUAUGAAAGUCAACAAUGGUGAAUAUGCAUUAUUAACAGCAAUUGUAACAUUCUCAGAACGUCCAGGUGUAUUGGAAGGUUGGAAAGUUAAAAAGAUACAAGAAGUAUAUAUGGCUACAUUGAAAGCUUAUGUUAACAGUCGUAUUGAUCCAGAUAAUGAUAUUCGUUAUGCAAAUUUAUUGUCAGUAUUGACAGUAUUACGUUCACUUGGUGACCAAAAUAAGAACACUUUGAAGCCAAAAAAUGAAAAGCUACCUCCUUUUCUUGUUGAAAUUUGGGAUUUACUUGCAUAAUUUAAUUUUAAUAAU